AUGCAACUCAGCCCCCGUCGUCAUGAAUUGCUUUCUGUGUACAUGCUGGGAUUUGGUACCCUGUUCCUGUACCUCGGUUACCACACACAGUCGUUCAUCAGCGAAUCGAUAAUCCAUUCUGUUCACUUGAGAGAUCCGCAUAGAAUUUCUGGAUAUGCCGGAUACUACGGACAAGCAAUUCACUACAGUGCAUUCGCGAUAUCGAGUCUUUUCACCGCAUCACUUCAACAUUACCUGGCAUCGAAAUGGAUGCUUGUCUUGGCCACGGUAUUCUUCGCGGUUUACCAUCUGGGAUUCUUCUACAUCAACUCGUAUUAUUUCUACGCUUCCCAAAUAUGA